AGGAGAUGGGCCGACGGGCGGGGAAGCCGAGGACGGUGCCCACGGUCCUGCCGUUCCACACCUUCACGUACGCGGGCCUGACCGCCUGGCACGUCCGCGAGAUAUGUCGGCGGAACGGCGAACGGGUCCUGUGGAACGUCGGGGUGGGGGACUGGUUCCCCGGGUUCCCCGAGCGGCCCGGCCGGGCAUUGCAGCGUCGCCCACGGCGCAGUCUGCCGACACACGAGCUGGACCGACUCCUGAGGUACCCGUACCCGUACCCGCUGCCCCCGCCACCGGCCCCGCACAUCCACAUCGGAUACCUCUCCUCCGACUUCAACAACCACCCGCUCGCGCACCUCAUGCAGUCCGUGUUCGGCCUCCACGACCGCACCCGCUUCAAGGUGUACUGCUACUCCCUGUCCCCCUCGGACGCAUCCCCGUACCGCGCCAAGAUCGAACGGGAGGCCGAUGUGUUUCUGGACGUGGGCGGGUGGAGCGUGCAGCAGAUUGUGGAACGCGUCGUCGCGGACGGCGUGCAUGUGCUGUGCAACCUGAACGGGUACACGAAGGGCGGGCGGAACGAGGUGUUUGCGGCGAGGGCGGCGCCGGUGCAGAUGCAGUUCAUGGGCUUUGCCGGGACCAUGGGGAGCGGGAGUGUGUGCGACCCGGUCGGGAACGGUGAUGCCGGCGAGCGAGGGGAGACCGGGCAGCCCCGGAAAGCGGCCGAUGUCAUCACCCCACGACAGGAACUGGUCGACUCGUUGACCACCAUGGACGCCGUCCCACACACCUGGCUCGACUACCUCCUCACCGACGAGAUCGCCACCCCGCGCAAAUUCGUGUGUGGCGAACCGAUCGAGAGCGACGAGGUGCCCUGGUGGGAGGGUAUCACCAAACGUGUCACCGACGACUCCACCACGUCGUCAUCCACGACCGAAGAGGAGAGGACGUUAACACGGAAGAGCAUGCAAACCCUCCCCGUCGACCGCGGCCCGGUCGUCAGGAGAGACGACAGGAACAGGGUGUACACGGAAGCGUGCGUGUACAUGCCGUGGAGCUAUUUUGUGAACGAUCACCGGUGGGGGUUUAGGGAGGAGGGGGAUGCGGUUGUGGAGGAGGUGUGUGCGGAGUUCACGGAGGGCACGAUGGAUGCUGGGGAGGAUGGGGAUCUGACGAGUGAGGAGCUGGGAUUGUGGAGACAGGAACAGGUCCGACGCUUGAAGAUGCGCAGGGAGAUGUUUCCGUGGAUGAGCGAGGAUACGGUUGUGUAUGCGAAUUUCAACCAGCUCUAUAAGCUCGACCCGGAGAUUUAUAAGACAUGGCUCCGCAUCCUCGACCGCGUCCCAAACGCCAUCCUCUGGCUUCUCCGGUUCCCCCCGCCCGGCGAACAACACCUCCUCGCCCUCGCCCACAAACUCUACGGUCCCCACGUCGCCUCCCGCGUCGUCUUCACCGACGUUGCGCCGAAACAUCUACAUAUCCACCGCGGCCGCAUCGCCGACGUGUUCCUCGACACGCCGGAAUGCAACGCGCAUACCACUGCGGCGGAUAUCUUGUUUUCGGGGACACCGGUGGUGACGUACCCGCGGUAUGAUUUCAAGAUGUGUUCGAGGGUGUGUGCGUCGGUGUCGUACGCGACCGGGAGCUGGACGCCCGGGGAUAUCAAAGGCAUCAAAGGCGGCGUGUCGGCCCUUGAGGAAGCGCGCGCAGGCAUCCUGCUUGAGGGCGUGGAUCGGCUCAAGGACCCGAUGUUGCUGGGCCACUGGAUGGUCGUGAAGAGCUACGGGGAGUAUGAGGACGUGGCGGUCAGACUGGGGAGGGAGAUGAAAUGGGAGUGGAUGCCCGUGAGCAGCAGGGGCAGGCAGACGACGCAGCCGCCGGGCGUGUUGAACAGCCCGUUGUAUGCGGGGUAUAAGCCGCCGCCGCCGCCGAAACAACCGCAGUCGUAUUUCCAGCCGGGGAGCACGUCGAGCAGAGGGCAGGGUGAACAGCAGCAGCGCACCCCGCCGCGGCAGAUGUAUUACACCCAUGGACGCACGCCGUCCAGUUUCUCGCCGAUGGUUAUCUCCCCGCCGGCUGCUUCGGGCUACGAUCCCUCUGCUACCAUCACAAGCACCUACACCACCCCCACCACCGACCUUAACGCACACAACGGCUCCUCCCCAACCCCAACCAAAAACAACAUGGCGACCAUAGCCGCCAGCCCCUUCUACCCCACCCGCGACCCGCCGUACACGCACACCACCCACAUCUUCACCCCCGUCAGCUCAACCCUCCCGACCCGUCUCCGCCGCCGCAUCUUCCUCAACCGCGAGACGUGCCCGCUGUUCGACACCCCGCGAUGGGUACGAGGCCUCGAGGACGCGUGCGUGCAGGCGUUGGACAAGUGGGAGCGGGAUUUCAGGCGGGUGCAGGCGAGGAACCGCGAGGAGGUGAGGCGGGGUGGGUGGGUUGGCCCCCGGACGCCGUUUGAUGUGGAUGCGAGUACAGAUGCGCGUGAGGACGAGGCCGAGGAAGGGGAUGAGACGGAGGUGUAUGACGCGACAGCCGAGACCGGGUACGGAUCGGCCACCAGCGCGGUCGAUGCCAUGACCCUCAACACGGGGAAAUGGAGACCCGCCCACUCAACACCAGCGGCGAUAGCAGCAGCAUCACCACACACGGAAUCCCGCCGUCUCGUCGAGCCCGGGGGUAUCGCGCCGCAACGGAGAGGCAUGUGGAACGCGUCAAGGUGUUUGUGGGUGCGGGAUGAGGAGUAGAUAAUCUUUUGCAAGAUAUCUUUGUAGCCCUUCCUUUUUUUUUUUGGUGGGUGUGGUUGGUGUAUAUAGAUGGGAAAACCCCCUUUUGCGCAUGGGAGCCUACCUACCACCCACGUGGCAGUCCCUCUUUUCCCGUGGACUUUGGGUGCGGUGUUUGUAGUUAUGAAGGAAUGGCAUGGAGGUGUGCUUUUGAGUGGAUCUUCUGAAGCUCUGGUUUACUCUGGUGGAUAUACCGUUUUUGAGUCGGCCGGUGGAGGUGCAAGGUGCAUGGCUAAGGUCGCAUCCGGAUCUCCCGUCCAGGAACGGUUAGGGCGCAGACCACGCACAGAUGAUGAAAUAGGUCAGAUGAUGAAAUAGGUACAGAGCAAAUCCGCAGACCGCCUCGUAUGCAAAUGAAAAAGAG